GACAGUAUAUCAGUGUUUUCAACAUGGUAUUAUACGUCGAUUUCGUGUAAUUCCUUUUAUUAAUUAAAUUGCGUUAUUAAUUGAUUGAUACAGUAAAAAUAUAAAUUCGCUACUGCGUGAUUAUUUAUCUCGUAGCAAAAAUGAAUAAAUCUAGCACUCGUGCUGAAGAUUUAGAUGACAUCAGUAUGACGGCUCAGGAGCUUCAUAUUCUCUCGGAAUUGGAUAGCCGCCAAUACGGUUUCCUGCUUCUACAUCUUCCUGAAAAUGAGAAAAAACGAGAGCUGGUUUUAAAGGCCGUUAAGUAUUUGCAAUUGAUGGUUGUCCAAGCAAGACGGCAACAGAAAAUCCAGGAUGAAAAUGAACCCAACAAUUAUCAGCAAAUGUCAAAAAAGAUCAGUAUUGAUCCAAAAACCUGGGUUAAGUUGGGGCAUUUUCAUUUGUUGUUGGAGGAGUACAGGAAGGCCCUUUCUGCAUAUCAGAUGUUUUAUAAAGUACAGGCGGAAAACCACUGGAUGGACCCCACUUUCCUGUACGGACUUGGCUUGGUUUAUUUCCACUUCAACGCUUUUCAAUGGGCAGUCAAAGCGUUUCAACAACUCCUCUAUGUGUCUCCAAGUUUCCAAAGAGCUAACGAAGUCCAUUUACGUCUUGGGUUGAUGUUUAAAGCAACACAAGAGUACGAAUCUGCCCUUAAACAUUUACAAUUAGCUCUAGUCGAUAACAGUCCGUGUACGACACCAAAAAGUAUCAUAAAAUUUCAUAUUGCUCAUUUAUUUGAAGUGCAAGGGAAAGUAAAGGGAGCGAAGGACCGAUAUGAGUUACUCCUGCGUGACAAAACAAUUACUCAGACUCUUCGCGCUGACAUUUUUCGCCAAUUAGGUUGGUUGUAUCACUGUCAUGAUUCUUUGGGCGAUAAAAACCAAAGGAUACCUUUAGCAAUCCAUUGUUUGCAACGAGCACAUGAGGCUGACCAAUUUUCCGGUCAAACUCUCUAUCUUCUUGGCCGAUGCUACGCUAGUAUAGGAAAAGUCCACGAUGCUUUUAUCGCUUAUCGAAACUCGGUGGAAAAAUCGGAAGGCAACGCCGAUACUUGGUGCUCCAUAGGAGUGCUUUAUCAGCAGCAGAGUCAGCCUAUGGACGCAUUGCAAGCCUACAUAUGUGCAGUACAAUUAGAUAAAUGCCAUUCAGCUGCUUGGGCUAAUUUGGGAAUUUUGUAUGAAAGCUGUGGACAAGCUCGGGACGCUUACGCUUGCUAUUUGAAUUCAAAUCGAGGAUUAUCGAAUAGGAAUUCAACCGAGGAUACUUUUCUUCCCUCGAAACUACCACGGUUUUCGACGGUGGGAAUGAACCCACAUUUGUCGCAAAGAAUCAACUUUCUUCAGUCGAAUUUAGCAAACGCACCAAUGCCUAGCGCGACGAGCCAGCGUCGACAAUUGCUCUCCAUAGAAGAAGCGUGGAAUCUCCCGAUAUCGGCUGAAAUGUCAUCAAGGCAACAACAACAAAACAGUUCGCAGCAAUCGAAAACCACCACUCAGUCGUAUCAAAAACCCUACAGUCAAGGUUCGACCCCACAAGGCCCGCCACCCCCUUACCCGUCCCCGGGCGGCGGCUCCGUAAAACAAUUCAAAACCGAAGUAGUCGAACAAAAACCCACACCUCAACCUCAAACUCACCCCUUCACUCUCACUCAACAACAACUCCAAAUGUUGAAUUAUUUUCAACAAAACAUUAACAAUCUAACGCCUGCCCAAGAAAAUAUGAGACUGCAACUGCAACAUCAACACCGGUUGAUGCAACAACACCAACAACAGUUGAGACACCAAAGACAAGCCCAGCCCCCACGACAGGGAUCCACGCCGCCUGCCUACAACGGUAACUUCCAAGGGGAUCCUCCCACGUUGAAUCCUCCAAAAAAUCUCUCGCCCUCCUCCAAUGGGGAAAAACUAGUCCAACCAACACCAAAUGUCAUCCCGAGUUGUGCGAGAGAUAUCACAAUGCCCGUUUCGGGACAACAUUCAGCUGACAUGGAUGUCAGCGAGGAGGAAUUAAAAGACUUCCUCUCCCAGAAGGAUCUAGCAACGACGUUGGCCGAAAACCUCCUCAAACACUUUGGCUCCGAUGAUAUUGACAUCAAAGAGGAACAGGAACAAAAUGAAAAUAUUUUAUCAUCCGGACCCUUUUCUCCAUCAAAUUUAGAUUCAUCGAAACCGGAAAUCGAUACGAAACGACGGAUCAAAUCGCCACCACAGGAUAGUAUCCUAACUAUCAAAUCGGAACCUCCUUGGGAAGUGGAUUCUUUGCAUUCUGUUGAAAAACGACCGGAAAUCGAAUACACAAUCGACAUGGACGCGAAAACAAUCCUAAGACUGUGCAAAGGUGAAGGCAUCAAGGGUGAAAUAAGUAACUCGUUAAUAUCAGAUCGAGCGCCUCCCCCUUCACCCCCCGAUCCCCCAGCAAUAAAACUAAACCAUCAACAGUUACUUCCGCCCACGCCUUCGGUCUACUUAGAUAACAAAAAACACGCAUUUAGUCCCCAAUUACAAGAGUUUUGUCUCAAACACCCUAUAGCUGUAGUAAGAGGAUUAGCUUCAGCGCUGAAGCUUGAUUUGGGGUUAUUUUCAACUAAAACUUUAGUUGAGGCUAAUCCUGACCACAGUGUCGAAGUUAGGACACAAAUACAACAACCAUCGGACGAAAACUGGGACCCCCAGUCUGGGAAAAAGGUCUGGGCGUGUAUCUCGCAUAGGUCACAUACGACCAUUGCAAGAUAUGCGCAGUACCAAGCCUCCAGUUUUAAAGAAAGUUUAAAGGAAGAGAGAGAUAAGGCCACUAGUGGCUUGUCCGACUCGGAUUCAAAGGACUCGGUGAAUUUUCCCAAGAGGAGGCGGCUUUGCAAUAUACCGCCCUCGGCCAACACGAAGGGCUGCAAUCAGCCCAAAAUGUUGAAGUUUGGGACAAACGUCGACUUGUCUGAUGAGAAGAAAUGGAAGGCCCAACUGCAGGAGUUGAUGAAACUUCCGGCUUUCGCUCGUGUUGUCUCGGCUGGGAAUAUGUUGUCGCACGUGGGACACGUGAUCCUCGGCAUGAACACAGUUCAGUUGUACAUGAAGGUGCCUGGUAGUCGUACUCCCGGCCACCAAGAAAACAACAACUUCUGUUCGAUUAACAUUAACAUCGGUCCGGGGGAUUGCGAGUGGUUUGCCGUCCCAGACGCGUAUUGGGGUGCGAUUUGCGCCCUCUGUGAGAAGAACCAGAUAAAUUACCUUCAUGGGUCAUGGUGGCCCGUCCUUGAGGACUUGUACAAUGCGAAUAUUCCAGUUUAUCGGUUUUUGCAACGUCCUGGGGAUUUGGUUUGGGUGAACGCCGGUUGUGUUCAUUGGGUGCAGGCCGUUGGUUGGUGCAACAAUAUUGCGUGGAAUGUGGGCCCCCUGACAGCGCGACAAUACCAACUCGCGAUCGAGCGAUACGAGUGGAAUAAAUUGCAGAGUUUCAAGUCAAUUGUGCCAAUGUUGCACUUGUCGUGGAACUUGUCGAGGAACAUUAAAGUUUCCGACCCGAAAUUGUUCCAGUUGAUUAAGAAUUGCUUAAUGCGGACAUUGAGACAGUGUUCUAUGAUUUUGGAGUUUGUGAAACACAAAGGUGUUGAGGUCAAGUUCCACGGACGAGGCAAGAACGAGGCGUCGCACUACUGUGGGCAAUGCGAGAUUGAAGUUUUUAAUAUCUUGUUCAUAAGGGAGCAGGAGAAGCGACAUGUGGUCCAUUGUAUGGACUGUGCGCGGAAACAGAGCACGAAUUUGGAGGGAUUUGUCUGUUUGGAGGAGUACAAAAUGGAGGAGUUGACGGAAGUUUACGAUAACUUCACUUUAUAUCCCACCGUUAGUGCUACUGCAGAGCAAUAUCGGCUAAUGUAGCAAAUUUAAUUUCAAGUGCUAACUUUCAGCUACCACUGCCACUUGUAACGGAUGUACAACUUAAUGUUAAUACUUGCUUAUUAAAUGUAAAAUUCGAGUGAUAAUGUAAAAUGUAGAUAAGUGUGUACAUAAUAUUUUCAAUUUUGUAGAUUGGCGAUAAGUUAUAUGUUACAUCUUAAUACAGUGAUCUCAUAACAGUUAUUUAUAAGUGUACAUAUUAUAAAAAAUAAAUAUAUUUGUACAAUAUAUUUAUUUUGGAAGUCAAAGGAAUAGGAUGAUUGUAUUUGAAUCAUCAUUUUUGUUGUUAAUGAAUGAAACCAUAUUUUCACUGCCAAAAAUUAUAUAUAAAUGACUGUUUUUACGUAAUUUUUUAAGUCUGUACGUAUUGUAUAAUUCAAAGAUUUUUUUAAAGGCGGCAAAUUCGGUUAUUGCGUGUAUUCGUUCACUGCCACUUUGUGAUACAUUUCUACCCGAAUACCACUUUAUAUGUUCAUAGACAGAGCCUGGGUUCGAACAGUGCCUUCUUCAAUAAAUUAUCUGAAAAAAAUUCAUAUUUUCUCCAUUCAUGACCAAUUACAAAUACAGUUACAUUAUGUAAAUAUGACGAUGUAUUAGGAAAUAAAUCAGGAAACUGGCUCAAUUUUCUAAGUAAGGUAAUCCCUAUUUCCCCUGUUCAUAUAGCUGUGUAUUUUAUAUCAUGAAAAGUCUGAUUUCACUUUAUGUAUUAUAGUUUCAAUUGUAGUUUAGACACUACAUAAACUUGUAUUUAUGAUUAAUUAAAUAAAACGUUAUAUUUGAA